CACUGGCAGUCUUUUAAGUGAAAACAGGAAAAAAAAAAAAAGACAUUGGAACUAAUGUUCCUUGUUUUGGAUGUGUUUGACUGCUCCUUUUUUUUUGGCUGUGGAUUGCAGGAGGCUGCAGGGUGAGGUCACCCCGCACCGGACGCCAAGGGGGCCAUGCAGAUGAGCAGGACUACAAUGUACUGACUGUGAGCAGCUUCCGACAGAGUUCUUGCCUCCAUGGGUGCUGGGAGAGGGCCUUUCCCCUUCUGGGUGAUUGAUGCUGGCCUGCAUCAAGCAAGUGUCGGACAUGAUCUUUCCCUGGGAGGAAGUUAGUACAGUUUUUUUGGAACGGCAUGACCAAAAUCAAGAUAAAAUGCAUCCAGCACAAGCUGGGCAAGCUGAGGCUGGGUGUGUGCCCUGACUCUGUUAGUCCUGAGGUCCUCAGGAUGUGACUCUGUCGUAGUUCUGCAGGCAGAGGCACAAAGUAAAAUGUGCAUUUUGGAGCAAAAAAUAAUUGUUGUUUAAAACAUCCUGGCUUCUCACACUAACAAACACAGGAACUUUUCUUAGAAGAUGAAGGGAGGAAUCAGGCAUCCUCAACUAUAAACUACAGAAUGAGUUUAUUUUUUCCCCUCUUGACUUUGACUCAGCUUCGGAUAUUUGGAGAUCGCAGAGUUUCCGUUUCCAAACUGUUUUUUUUUUCCCCCUGCAGAUUAAAGUUUGAACUGGUGUGUCUCUUCUCCCUCACAGUCCAGUUUACUCUGGUUAACUUUUGCUUCUGCCUGCCCUUAGCUCACACCCUUCCCACGAGAGAGGAACGGUCUCGGUUGCUGGCGCUUGUCCCCGUGGAAGCACCCUGAGCACAUCUCAGUGAGUGACCCCUGAGCACACGGUGUCUGUGAGGUCCAGGACAGGCCAUGGGGCACGUUUCUGUGAAGGAAACAAGCACAGCACCACACCAGUGUGAAGGGUAGGCGAGUGUCUCCGUGAAGUUCGUGUACAGUAGGUUUCUCCAGUGGUAAAAACAACAGAUUAAUCUGUGCUAAGGCACAGUUUGUGGCUUACCAAGACAGUUCAUGUCAUGCACGAGAGCAGCACCUCCCCAGGCCUGGCUGGGUCUCUCCCCAGCUCCAACUGCAGCUCCCAUUCCCCAGGAGGUGCUGUCGUGCUCUUUGUGCCAUGUUUGCUGUAAUUACACCAGGUCAGCUCCAAGUCAUCACCAUCACAGCAGCAACACAGCCCUGCUGGGAGAGGUGCUUUGGGAGAGCACUCAGGUGCUUGUCCUGCCUGGCAAAAGUAGAGAAGUCGCUUCUUACGGAUUUGUGCACCUUUCCUGGGUGUGGAAUGAGCCUCUCCCACUGUGCAGUUACAGGGUGGGAGAGCCCUAAGCACAGGUGGUGAAGUGCAGAACAGUAGAGUCCUGAAGGCAGGGACUGAUCCCUGUGUGUCCUCCAGUGAAGGGAGCAGCCUGACAGGAGCUGCCCUGACCUGCAGCUCUUCCUACCCAUCAGCUGUGUAAAUGCCUUCCUUGACCCAGGCCUCUCUCAGGCGAGCAGUGUUACAGUUUGGAAUCUCGUUUGUCCCCGUUUUCAAUUAAAAUAGGCAUUUGUAAGUUUUCUUCCAAGUUUUAUGUAGCAAUUAUGACUAAACUUUUCAAUUCCUGAUAGAGCCCGAGAUGAUUAUGUGUGGUUAACCUCAAGGACAGACACACUGUAGCUGCUCUUGCAGUUUUAAUCAGCUGUCAUGAAACCAGUGAUAGACUGAAGGAAACGUUCCCCUCCUGUUCCCAAAAAGAGGGAACAAGGGGCAAGAAGCAGCAUUGGCUUGGCAAAUAUAAGUACAAACAAAUCAAACCUACUAUCUAAAGCAUUUCUCUGCGAAAAGGGGAAUGCACCAAGCUCAUGCAGUCUUGACUUUAACACUGAUUCCUUUAAAGCUUUGAGAGCCUUAGUCGUGUUUCAGCUGAAAGCUGCUUGGGGUUAGAUUUGAGAGUGGUGGGAGGGAAAACUACAAUUCCAGACUGUUCUUAAUUUAUUUCCUCCCAGUUUUUCUUGUACUUCCCUGCAGACAAAUCAGUCAAGGCCUGUGUCCAGAAGAAGUAGAAAUGCAGCCUAAGCAAAACGUUGCAAACUGAACUGGAGUGUUGCAGCCUGGAUACCAGUUGUGGAGUUUCACUUAAGGAUUGAGGAGGGAACUUGUAGUGGUCUCCCCGGUGCCGGUCCCGGGACAGAGGGGCCCGGAGCUGCCAUGACGACGGGCGACUGCUGCCACCUCCCCGGGUCCCUGUGCGACUGCCCGGGCAGCGCUGCCCUCUCCAAGUCGGUGGAGGACUCGGACAUCGGGCGCCCUCAGUACAUCACCCAGGUCACCGCCAAGGACGGGCGGCUCCUCUCCACCGUCAUCAAGGCGCUGGGCGCCCAGAGUGAUGGUCCCAUCUGUCGAAUCUGUCAUGAAGGUGGAAAUGGGGAGGGACUGCUUUCCCCGUGUGACUGCACAGGAACACUGGGCACCGUGCACAAGAGCUGCCUGGAAAAAUGGUUAUCCUCCUCCAACACAAGUUACUGUGAGCUCUGCCACACAGAAUUUGUUGUAGAGAGAAGACCAAGACCUUUGACAGAGUGGCUGAAGGACCCCGGGCCCCGCAAUGAGAAGAGGACCCUGUUCUGUGACAUGGUGUGUUUCCUGUUCAUCACCCCGCUGGCGGCGAUCUCGGGCUGGCUGUGCCUGCGCGGGGCCCAGGACCACCUGCAGUUCAACAGCCGCCUGGAGGCCAUCGGACUCAUAGCACUCACUAUUGCACUUUUCACAAUCUACGUCCUCUGGACGCUGGUUUCGUUCCGCUACCACUGCCAGCUGUACUCGGAGUGGCGAAGGACCAACCAGAAAGUCCGCCUGAUGAUCCCAGCCUCGAGGAGCCCUCACCCCGUGCCCCACUCCCUCCUCUCCGCCAAGCUCAUGAAGAAAACCGCGGAUGAGACGACCGUCUGAGCCGUCCCGUGGCCACCAACUGGGGCCAGCCCAGGGCGAGGAGGGCUGUGUGUCCUCACGUGCCCAGGGCAGCUCUGGGGGCACCAGGAAACAAUCAUCCCACACAAGGGGACUCUGCGGUCAGCACCUGCUUCAGACUUUGACAAACAGACAAAUAAUCAAUGUCUGUGUGUGAAAUGGCCCAAAAGAGCCCAGUGGCUGAAAAUGCCUCUCUGCAGGGACAUUUUCCCAUAACUAAAUACCAUACGUGGAAAAUAUCUCCCCCUCUCUCUCUAUAUAUAUAUCUAUAUAUAAUAUUAUUUUUUAAUGGCCAUGCA